AUGUCUGCUGCCAGACCUCUUUUCAACUCGUCAUCCUCUCUUCUUUCCCCUAUUUCACUCUAUCGCCGUAUUCUUCGCAUUCACCGUGCGCUUCCACCAUUACAGCGCUCCCUCGGUGACGACUAUGUCAAAUCAGAAUUCCAUCGCCACAAAGAUAUCGUCAACCCUGUCCAUGUGGUAGGAUUUCUCGGACAGUGGCAAACUUAUUUGGAAGAAUUAGAAAGACAGGCAACAAAUAAAGAUAAUUGGGGGAAGCCAAUUAGUGAAGACUUACUGGACAAGUUCUCUGAUGAACAGAUUGGACAAUUGUGCGCAUUGAAAAGUGAAGCAACAAGUAACAUUAAUCAGGAGAAGGAGAGCGAGAGUGAAAACUUACAAACACGUGAAGUAGAGAAUAUGGUGAGAUAG